CCUGCCUGAGCAGGCCUGCCUGGCAAGCUGGGACAUGUCUGGCCCCCGAGGCCUGCCGGUGGGUGAUGGCUGCAGCAGAGGAGGAGCCCCAGGUGGCUGCUGCAGAAGGUGUUGCAGAGGAUGCUACAGAUACCGUGGAUGCGCAUCCCAGGCCACCACUUCUGGCUGGAAAUCGGCUGAGCUUGGACCUGUACCCUGGGGGCUGCCACAGGCUGCUGCACCUGUGUGCCCAGCAGACCCCUCAGCUGCUGGAGGUGGAGUUCCUGCAGCUGAGUGGCCACGAAGACCCUCGGCUGCUGGAGGCCACCCUGGCUCAGGUGCCAAAGAGCCUGCCGCACCUCCGCUCCCUGGUCCUCAAAGGUGGGCAGCGCUGGGAUGCGCUGGGUGCCUGCCUCCACGGCUCCCUGACCACGCUCCCUGCCAGCCUGGGAGGCCUGGCUCGCUUGGUCCACCUGGAUCUGAGCUUCAACAGCCUGGAGACACUGCCAGCCUGCAUCCCACAGAUGUGCGGCCUGAGUGCCCUCCUGCUCUCUCACAACCACCUCUCAGAGCUGCCUGAGGCUCUGGGGGCCCUCUCCGCCCUCACCUUCCUUUCCGUGACCCACAACCGCCUACAAACGCUGCCCACGGCGCUGGGAGCCCUGUCCACCCUGCAGCGCCUUGAUCUCUCUGAGAAUCUCCUGACCGCUCUGCCCCUUGAGAUUGGAGGCCUGAGCAGCCUGGAGGAGCUCAAUCUGGCCUCCAACCGGCUGCAGAACCUCCCGGCCUCCCUUGCGGGGCUGCGUUCCCUGCGGCUCCUUGUACUGCACAGCAACCUCCUGGCCUCGGUGCCCACUGGCCUGGCCCGCCUCCCGCUGCUCAUCCGGCUGGACCUGAGGGACAACCAGCUCCGGGAAGUGCCCCCCGAGCUGCUGGACGCCCCCUUUGUGCGCCUGCAGGGGAACCCCUUGGGCGAGACCCUGCCAGACUCCCACAGUCCCCCAGGGAUACCCGUGGUCCUGGAAAUGCCCAGACUGUUCCUGACGUCAGAUUUGGACAGCUUCCUCGUGACCCCCCAAGGCUGCUCUGUGACCCUGGCCUGUGGCGUCCGCCUGCAGUUUCCCGCUGGGGCCACCGCCUCCUCUCUCACCGUCCACUACCGCCUGUGGCUGCCCGAGCCGCGCCUCGUCCCCCUGGGGCCCCACGACUCCCUGCUCAGUGGUGUCCUGGAGCUGCAGCCCCAUGGGGUGGCCUUCCAGCAGGAGGUGGGCCUGUGGCUGCUCUUUGUGCCCCCGCGGGCCCGACGCUGCCGUGAGGUGGUGGUGAGGACCCUGAGUGACGACAGCUGGAGCGACCUGGAAACCCACCUGGAAGAAGCAGCUCCGAAGCGGCUCUGGGCUCACUGCCAGGUUCCCCACUUUUCAUGGUUCCUUGUGGUUUCACGCCCUGUGUCCAAUGCCUGCCUGGUGCCUCCAGAGGGGACAUUGCUAUGGUCCUCGGGGCAUCCUGGGGUCAAGGUCACAUUCCCCCCUGGAGCCACCGAGGAGCCUCGCCAAGUCCGAAUGCAGGUGGUGCGGAUGGCGGGCAGAGAGCUCCGGGCCCUGCUGGAGGAGCCCGAGGCGGCCGUGAGUCCCCUGCUGUGCCUCACCCAGAGCGGCCCCUCCAGCUUCCUCCGGCCAGUCACUGUGCAGCUGCCUCUGCCCCCUGGUAUCACAGGCCUGAGUCUGGACCGCUCCCGCCUGCACCUGCUGUACCGGGCCCCUCCUGCAGCCACCUGGGAUGACAUCACGGCUCAGGUGGCACUGGAGCUCACCCACCUGUAUGCUCGCUUCCAGGUCACACACUUCUCCUGGUACUGGCUCUGGUACACCACCAAGAGCUGCGUGGGGGGCCUGGCGAGGAAGGCCUGGGAGCGGCUGCGGCUGCACCGCGUGAACCUCAUAGCACUGCAGAGGCGCCGGGACCCCGAGCAGGUCCUCCUGCAGUGCCUGCCCCGGAACAAGGUGGAUGCCACCCUGCGGCGGCUGCUGGAGCGAUACCGUGGCCCUGAGCCCUCAGACACGGUGGAGAUGUUCGAGGGCGAGAAGUUCUUUGCUGCCUUCGAGAGGGGCAUCGACGUGGACGCUGACCGCCCAGACUGCGUGCAGGGCAGAGUGUGCUUCGUGUUCUACUCACACCUGAAGAACGUGAAGGAGGUGUACGUGACCACCACCCUGGACCGGCGGGCUCAGGCCGUGAGGGGCCAGGUGUCCUUCUAUCGAGGAGCCGUGCCUGAGGAGGUCCCUGAGGAGGCAGAGGCGGCCCGGCAGAGGAAGGGCGCGGACACCCUGUGGAUGGCCACUCUGCCCAUCAAGCUGCCGAAACUGCGGAGGUUUGAGAGGCUGGGCCCAGCGUGGGGGCCUAGCCCCUCCCUGGCACCUCUGAACCUGGGUGAUGCUGAGACCGGCUUCCUGACCCAGAGCAACCUGCUGAAUGUGGCCGGGCGCCUGGGCCCUGACUGGCCUGCUGUGGCCCUGCACCUGGGCCUGUCCUACCAGGAGCUGCAGCGCAUCCGCCAUGAGUUCCGGGACGACCUAGAUGGGCAGAUCCGCCAUAUGCUGUUCUCUUGGGCUGAGCGCCAGGCUGGGCAGCCCGGGGCUGUGGGGCUCCUAGUGCAGGCCCUGGAGCAGAGUGACCGGCGGGAUGUGGCCGAAGAAGUGCGGGCUGUCUUGGAGCUCGGCCGCCACAAGUAUCAGGAUGGCAUCCGUCGCACAAGCUUGGCCUCCAGGGACCUUGCCCCCCCUGGGCCUUCCACUUCACAGUCACCAGAGCCUGCCCAGGCCUAGACAGACACCACUGACUCUGGGCUGGUGCCAUGUGUGCUUUGGCCAGUGCUCAGAGGCCCCCACUUUCAAGUCUUCCCUGUGUACGGGUACAGUGACCUCCAGAGUGUAACAAACAUGA